AUCCAGAUUAAUUGUCAAACUUCGGAUUAACUUCGUGUUCGCUCCAAACAAGCGACGAGUAGUAAAUAUCUCGCAGUGGUGGCUGGCGUGCAAAAAGCGCAAAAAAGUGCUAAGAUUUUUACAGAUUCUAGUGAAAACGAACAGGAAAUCGAAAAAUGUCCAGUGAGUCGGAUACCAGCGGCGAUGAAGGAGAUUUCUCUGAAAACGAAAAGCCACUGGCAGGUGCGACCGAGUAUUCCUCGGUACGCAUAUACACCGAACAGGAUAUGUUCCCCACGAAGAUAGAUCCUUUGUGUGAGAUUCCCGAUUGGCCACUGGCCACUUACUGGCCGGUGUUUUUGGGGGGCUUCCGGGUCGAAUCUUGGAUCGAAUCGACGUGGAGUGUGCAGAUUUCCAACUAUUUCGCCUGCCGGGGUCUUCUGACCAGGAUGAUGGUUUUCCCUCGCAGUCGCGAUGAUAUUUUCGAAAAAUACCAGCAAAAUGUUCUCAUGCUGGAUGCGCUGGUGUACUUCACUUCGAAAGAGGAUGCCAAGCGUGCGGUGGCUACCUGCCACCACCAGUUCUACUACGGAUACCGGCUGAAUGUCCUGCCGGGUCGAUUUCCACUGUACUACGAUCCGGUGAGAACCAUCCGAUUUCACAAGGUUGGCGUCGACCGAGUGGUGGAACGCAUCGUAUUGCGCAGCCUGUCGAAGUUUGGCGAUAUCGACUUCCUGGCGAGAUACCCUAGGGAUGACGUCGUAGUGGAGUUCGCUUCGGUCGAGGAUAUGCUGUGCGCACUGCGUAAUCAGAAGCGUUUGAGACCGCAAGAAGUGACGGGACCAACCCAGAAGCAACGCUUCGUCGAGCAGGACGUAAUCCGAGACAUCCAGGAUGCCAUGAGACAAAACUACGGCUUCAUGACUAUGCAACCGGAAAUGGAGGUUCUGGUGCAGCUGUUCACGGGACAGCAGCCAAACGUGAACACGUUAUGGAAUACGCAAAGGCCCCUCAAGACUCGCUUCUCGGAGAAGCGAAAAUAUUUUAAAAAGAGAAGAUUAAAUGGUUCUAAGUAUAGCAAACACCGUUGGGAAGCACAGAACGUGAUUGAAACUAAUAAAAUACUUCAAAAGCAUGGUCUUCCUCCAAUCUCAGGGCAGAACAUCAGUGGGCGGAUGCCGAAAAUGACGAAAGGUCAAAAGCGCCAAUAUCGGGCUAACAAAGCCAAAGAGACACAAAACUGGAAACGAAAGUUCAAAAAUAUCAAGAAGAUGAAGACCGAACCUGAUGCCGACGUAUCGGAUGCGAGAUAUUACGACAGUGCAUUCGACAAUGUCAAGAUAAAGAUCGAACCUGGAAGUAGUCAAGAUCCUGGCUACGGUAAUUCGGCAUUAGCAUUCGUCGACAGGACGCCUAGCACUUUCAAAAUAAAGAGCGAGCCUGGCAGCAGUGGAUAUCAAAUGAACAACGAUACAUCGGAAAUGAUGACGUAUGAUAAUGAGUGGCCAUCAACAAGCAGCGGUCGCGGAAAAAAGAGAAACCGUAAGAGAAAACGGAAUCCGUACGACAAGAACCCACCGAAUGAGACAGACCACCACCAGCAGCCGCCGGUUGUUGAUCGGGGCAAAUUGGUGUGGCGUAAUCCGAACAUGGUUUGCAACCACUGCGGUAAGCCGGGUCAUUUUAGGGAGAAUUGCUUCCAUCUCAGACGGUAGAUGUGUUGAAUGCGGUGAAGAGUAUAAAAGCCCAUUUUAGGUGAUCAUACAGUUUCAAUUUUUUAAGCUCUUUCGAGUAAAUUGAAUUAAUUUCUUUUUGUUUGCAAUUGAAAUCAGAAUGCGCUGCAUAAUGUGCUAAACAUAAGCAGUAAAUGAAAUGAAUAAAGUUUUGAAGUGAAA